AUGGCGGCCCAAGAAGACCUCGUCGACUUCGAGAUCAUCGAGAAUCAGAAGGAGAACAUCCAGUCACUCCCCGGAGGACGGUCUGCACGAGAAUUAGCCCGCAUUUUCUCACCAAGGGAUACGACUGAUAAGCUGGCAACCCCAUCACCCAAUGAUACAAGGACUGUGAACGAUGCAAUCAGGCAGGAAUUCGAAUCGGAGUUGCAGGCGAUUAAUGAAUCCGACGACCCGCUCGAUGUUUACGAUAGAUAUGUGAAAUGGGUUCUUAACGCCUACCCCUCGACUCAAGCGACACAGGAAUCAGGACUGCUUCCUCUCCUAGAGCGUGCCGUCAGGGCUUUCCUCUCCUCGAAUCACUACAAGAACGACUCCCGAUAUGUGCGGCUAUGGCUUCACUAUAUCAGAUUGUUCUCGGACUCGCCGCGCGAAACGUUUGCUUUCCUUGCCCGUCAUCAUAUUGGUGAAGAACUCGCCCUGUUUUACGAAGAAUUUGCCGCUUGGCUAGAGAGUGCGGGGCGUUGGGCACAGGCCGAGGAGGUGUACCAUCUUGGAAUUGACCGGGAAGCACGGCCAGUUGAGCGAUUAAUCCGGAAAUUCAGCGAGUUCCAGCAGCGAUAUGAGCAACAGCCUCAAGACGGACCAACCUCGCCCGCAUUGCCUAAGGCACGACCAGCACUGGCUGCCAAGACAAACCCGUUUGUGUCUUCGAGCGCCGCACCAGAAGAACAACCUCAGCAACCAGCCGCACCAGCAGCCGGUGCCAAGAAAUCGAAGUCCGGCAAGCCGAAGAUGGCCAUAUUUUCCGACGCGGGCGACGCCGCCCCGACAAGCCAGCCUGUUCUCAGUGGCGGGCCAACAAAGGGAUGGGAUAGUAUUGGUUCGUUGCAUGAUCGAAAGAAGGAAAACGCCGUGGAGGCAAAGCCAUGGGCUGGAGAAACUUUGAAGGCAGGAAAGAAGGCAGCGCCAAAAGAGAAAAUGUCGAUUUUCAGGGAUGAGUCAAAUGCAAAACAGCAAGUCAAAGAACCAAUGCAAUUCAAGCAUGUUCCAGAGCAUCGAGUAAGCGAAGCGGUAAAUCCACGUACUGGUAGACGUGAGCAUGUUUUCGUCAAUCUUGAAGCAGUAUACCCCGAUUACAAAAAUCCGAACUAUGAGAUCAGUUUCGAGGAACUGAGGGCUAUGAGCCGGGGAUGGAUGAACAAAAAUUGGCGCUCACAGAAACAACCCCUGAAGCAGAUAUCAGGGAAUGCUGAGCCCUCGGUGGAAAAUAUUACAGGAAGGGGCUCCGAGAAGGAACUACCAAGUCAAUUCAAUCAGAAACUGGCCCUCAACGACUCACAGCCUGACCAAGAUGAGAACCGUGAGAGCAAAGCUGGAAAAUCGCGCAAACCCAAGGUUCGCGAAGUCCAGGGAGAGACGCAGACCAUCAAAAUGAAUUUCGAUUCCCCAACGAAACCAAAGAAAGUACGCCGCAAGAGCACUGCUGAGCCGACGAUGACUAUCCACACUCGCGCUGCUACGGACGAGAUCUACAGUAUCUUCAAUCAGCCAUUGAAAGCAGAGACGGAGCCCGCGGACAGCAGUGACUUCGACGAUGAUGACGACGGCUAUACGAGUGUCGGCGAGAGCACAGUCACGGGACGGAUAUCUGUUGCCUCCAGCGAUUUUGACGAUGAUGACACGACAUUCCACAAAUCCUUUGACAACGGUGAUGAAGAAGGGUUUGAUGACACUCGGGCUGAAAGUGUUGUGGAUGGCGAAUGGACUGAUUUCACCGGCAGUCGGCACGUCUCCGAGCCUUCAAUAACGGACUCGCAGGCUUUCCAGCCAGAGCACCCUGAAUAUACCGAUGGUGAAGAAACAGAUACCGCUUUACGGUCAAGAUUUGUACCGCAAAUGCCCGAAGACUACAAUCCGCCAUGCGGCCCCUACCGUGACCCGGAGAUCAUGGCUCAGAAUCGCUUGCCUUUCAUGACGCCUAUUGUCGAACAGACAGAGUGCUCGUUUCCCUCCAUGAGGACCGCCAGGAACCUCUAUACUGCGAAGACUCCGUCGAAACCGAUGCCCGGUAUCGCUGCAAGCCCUGGCACACCCGAGAUGGAAGACCUUCUGGGUCUCUCGCCUGAAGGGGACAAAUUCGCCAGUAUUCCAGAGGAUGUGACGCUCAGUCCGUCGGCAAUGAAGUCACGCUCUAGUCCGCUGAUGCCAUUUCUAAAGAGUAGUCCGGCACGAAAACAGAGACCUGUUAUUGAGGAUGCUCAGUGUAAUCCGACCGAUAAGGGAAUCCGGAAGGUCGUUCUCGAAUCUUUGAGCCCACCAAUUUCAUCGUACCCCGGCUAUCAAACUCACCCAGAGGAGGAAAGUCACUACGCCCCUGGAAUCCAGAAGUAUAUAAAGAACCCCAGCAAACGACCUAAGAGCGGCGACGAAGCGUCAUUCAGUGCCCCGAUGCUUGAAUUCGAGAAAGCAGAACGGGGUUACAUCAUCAAACGAGAACUCGGAGCCGGUGCUUAUGCUCCCGUAUACCUUGCGGAAAGCGUCGACAGCUUCGAUAAUGAUUCCGAAAUGGAUGGCAGUCGAGAUUCCCAAUCUACGAACAGCAGAAAGACGGCGGACCGUUACAGUUUCGAGGCGAUUAAGAUGGAACUUGGACCCCCUAAUCCGUGGGAGUUCUACAUGAUCCGGGCCGCUCACGAACGUCUUCAGAAAUCGCCUGGAUGCUCCCGUGCCACCGACAGUAUUAUUCGAGCACAUGAGUUGCACGUUUUCGAGAAGGAGAGCUUCCUUGUAGAGGACUACCGUGGACAAGGUACCUUGUUGGACCUUAUUAACAUCAUUCGCAACGAACCGACUCUGGUCCAUAACAACGGAGAAGGUGGCCUAGACGAAUGUCUAGCCAUGUUCUUUACCGUAGAGCUCUUCCGAACCAUUGAAGCAUUGCACGCGAACGGCAUUCUCCACGGUGACAUCAAACCCGACAAUUGCCUGGUCCGCUUCGAUGACCCAUCACCACGGCCAGCAGACAGCACACCGUCCCUCCUCGAUCUCGAUGACGAGAACAUAGAUCCCCGCGAAAUCCACUACUCUCCGCACGGUAAAUACGGUUGGCGUAACAAGGGUCUCAGUCUCAUAGACUUCGGCCGAAGCAUCGACAUGCGCGCCUUCAAACCUUCCGUUCAAUUCAUCGCCGACUGGGAACCAAGCAGCCACGAGUGCAACGAAAUCCGUGAGAUGAGACCCUGGACGCACCAGAUUGAUCUGUACGGUGUCGCCGGUACGGUACACGUGAUGCUCUUCGGGAAAUACAUCGAAUCUGUCCCUGUCCGGCGCAGCGGCUCCGAAGACGAGAACUCAAACCCUCAAGCAAUGACGAGGAUGUACCGUAUCCGGGAAACGCUGAAGCGAUACUGGGAGCGGGAGAUUUGGAGCGAAGUGUUUGAUUUACUGUUGAACCCUGGUGCGCCAAAGUGGACAUCUAUCGAUCAAGACGAGAAUGAGGAUCAGCCGCCGCAUUUGGCUAUUCUUGGAGCGAUGCGGGCUGUUCGGGAGAAAAUGGAGAGUUGGCUUCUGGUCAAUGCGGAGAAGAAGGGUUUGUCGUUACAGAUCCGGAAGUUGGAAGCUGUUUUUGCGGAAAAGAGAAGGAAGUUGGAGAGGGUUUGA